CAACCUAAAGUUUAAGUUCAAAAUAUUAUAAUUCUAAGCAACUUUAAUUUACUUUUAUCUUUUCAAAGUUUUUCUCAUUUUUUUUUAACAUUAGGGCUCCAAAACUAGCUGUCAUCCAUAAAAAUGGAUAUAACAAUGUCUACUAAGAAACUUUAAUUCAAAGGUGGAUUUGGGAUUCUACCUAAUUUAAUUAUCAUCCAAAGUCUUUCUCAUCCUUUUUCAACAUUAUGGCUCCAAAAUUAACUGUCAUCAACAAAAAAAAUGGACUUAAUAAUGAUUUUCUUAAUUGCUUCAUAGAAGCAGGCGCGCUGUUAGGAAUAGUUUUCGCAACUCGUUCAACAUUAUGGCCCCAAAAUUAACUGUCAUCAACAAAAAAAUGGACUUAAUAGUGAUUUUCUUAAUUGCUUCAUAGAAGCAGGCGCACUGUUAGGAAUAUUUUCGCAACUCGUUCUAGUUCCGGUUGCUGUAUCUAUGCUGUAAUCCUACCAGGUCUGCAGAACUGAUCAACAACCUUUUGACAGCUUCCUGAAAGUCAAAUGUCAAACAAUGGAGCAAACCCUAAACAACUUCAGCAAGAAAGCUCAGUUAUUUUGUAUGUCUGUCCUCUGGAACUUACCAUGUAUUUAUACUUCCAACCAAUUCUCUUCUCCAAACUAUUCAAACAAAGAUGGCUGACUCCAUCCUUGGCUCCGUCGUAGCAGCCGUUGUGUCGAAGGUGAUUGCUGUUGCUUCUGAUCUGGUGACUGCUUUUGCUUCUGAUCAGGUGAUUGCUGUUGGUUCUGAUCAGUUCAAUGUAGCACUGGGAUGGGAAGAGGAGCUGGAAAAAUUUCAUAGGACAAUGAUGAAGCUUCGAGGUUUCUUGCAAGAUGCUCAUGAAAAGAAUGUCAGUGGCCACCUUGAUCUGAAGUCGUGGCUCCAGGAUCUUCGAGAUAUUGCAGAUGAGGCUGAUGAUAUACUGGAAGAGGUCGCUUAUGAAGGUAUGCGGCCGGAAGUUAAGAAAUCAAAGGCGUUUGACCUCCACGCCUUGUUAUUUCGCCAGAAAAUGGCAAAUAGAGUUGAGGAUUUGAAUAAAAGACUUGCUGAUAUCAAUUCCACGGCUCAUCAGUUGGGACUGCAACACAAACUUGCAAACAUGCUUCCCGAACUCAGAGGCAGGGCAGGCCGAGAGACCCACUCUUUUCUUUCAUCUCAAGUUUAUGGAAGAGAGGAAGAUGUCUCUAAAAUAGUCAGGUUGUUGGUUGACUCAAGUAGUCAGCAUGACCUUCCUGUCAUGAUUAUAGUGGGUAUGGCAGGCCUUGGCAAAACCACUAUAGCAAAAGCAGUGUUUAAAAAUGGUGAAAUACAGGAACAGUUCGGUGAUAAUAGAGCGUGGGUUUGUGUGUCUGAAAAUUUUGAUGUCAAAAAGAUUUUAAUGGAGAUCUUGAACUCUUGUGGUGGAAGUAGAAGUGCUGAUAGGGAUUUUGGAAGCACAGAUUUAGUGAUGGGGGAAAUACAAAAGAAGUUGAGGGAGAAAAAUUAUCUUCUCAUCCUAGAUGAUGUUUGGAGUGAGGAGAGACAAAUGUGGGAGGAUUUAAGGGAUUGCUUGUUGGGAAUAAGUGAAUAUAAGGAGAGUUGGUGUAAGGUGCUUGUGACAACCCGGCUUGAAAAUGUUGCAUCACUAAUGGCACUUUCUGAUGAACACAUCCAUCGUCCUCGGCAAUUAAAUGAAGAUGAGUGCUGGAGUAUAAUCAAGCAGAGAGCAUUUGGAGACAAUUCAGUACCUGAGGGGUUACAGGGAAUUGGAAAACAGAUUGCUAAACGGUGUAAAGGCAUUCCACUAGUUGCAAGUAUUAUAGGGGCUAUUUUGCAGAAAAAGAGGGACAAAAGGGAGUGGCAGGCAAUUAUAGAGAAUCGUGUUUGGGAUUCACUGGAAAAGGAGGGGAUCUCGGAUAUAAUAAAAUUCAGCUAUGAUCACUUGCCCACACUGGCUUUGAAGCAAUGUUUUGCAUUUUGUUCCAUUUUUCCUAAGGGUUUUGUCAUGGAAAGGGAGAUGCUAAUUCAACUUUGGAUGGCUCUAGGAUUUCUUGAAUCACCUGAAGAAAUUAGUAAUAUGGCAGCGGAAGACGUUGGUGACAAGUAUUUUAGAUAUUUGUUAUCAUAUUACCUAUUUCAAGAGGAACGAAGGGAUAAUGUAACUGGGAGUGUUGAAUCUUGUAAGAUGCAUGAUUUGAUUCAUGACUUUGCCCAGUCAAUUUCAAAAUCUGAGACACUGAUUGUUGAGAAGUGGCUUGGAAGCAAUAUUUCUCAUGAUGUUAGGCAUUUGAAUCUAAUUGGUGGGAGGAAAAUGGUGUCAACAAUUGUAGGAGAUGUUGCUAAAAAGUUGCAGACAUUGUUUUCUAAGCAUGGUUUUUCUAGUGGUGUGCAAGUGGAUCUUAAAAGGUUACGGGUUCUCAGCCUUGAUGGUGCUUCUGAUGUAAAACAAUUGCCAACAUGCUUUGGCAACUUGAAGAGGUUGAGAUACUUGGACAUUUCAAGAACUCAAAUGAAAGAAUUACCCGAAUUCAUCUCCAAGUUGUACAAUCUGCAGACAUUUAGAUUCAUAGGCUGCAUAUCUCUUCAAAUGCCCCCAGGAGGAAUAGGAGAUUUAAUCAACUUGAGGCAUAUUUGUUUUAGUGAUGAAGAGCGUAUGCCUGCAAACCUUGGGAGACUAACCAACCUACAAACAUUGCCAUUGUUUUUUGUAGGUACAACAGAAGGACAUAAAAUUGAAGAAUUGGGAAGCUUAAGAGAACUCAAAGGAAGGCUAGAGAUCCAUAAGCUUGAGCUUGUUAUGGGCAAAUCGGAAGCAGAGGCAGCAAAGUUAAAAGAGAAGGCAGUUGAUGUGUUGAAAUUAUGUUGGAGAAAAGAAGGCAAUUGUGAUGAAGAUGUCUUGGAAGGCCUCCAGCCUCACUCAAAUAUAAGAAUAUUAAGUAUUGAAGGCUAUGGAGGUAGAAAAUUGGCAUCGUGGAUGUUGUUACUCAACAGUUUGGUGGAUCUGACAAUUACUUGUUGCAAGAUGCUUCAUAGAAUUCCAAAUGUCAAUGGGUUUUAUUCUCUUCAACGGCUCCAUGUUUCCUUUUGUGAUGAAUUAACUAGUUUGGGUGAUGGUGAUGGAGCAUUUACGUCUCUCAAACAAUUAUAUCUGCAGAGGUGUCCUAAAUUGAAGUUUAUUCCAAGCCUAGAAGGACUUGUCUCUCUGAAAACAGUAUAUGUUAAGGAUUGUGAUGAAUUAGAGUGUCUACCGAGUGGGCUUUCAUCCUGCACUGCUCUAGAGUUUAUUCCAAGUCUAGAAGGAUUUGUCUCUCUGAAAACAGUAAAUGUUAAGGAUUGUGAUGAAUUAGAGCGCCUACCGAGUGGGAUUUCAUCCUGCACUGCUCUGGAGUUUAUUCCAAGUCUAGAAGGACUUAUCUCUCUGAAAACACUAAAUGUUAAGGAUUGUGAUGAAUUAGAGCGUCUACCAAGUGGGCUUUCAUCCUGCACUGCUCUGGAGCGUCUACCAAGUGGGCUUUCAUCCUGCACUGCUCUGGAGGUAUUGUGGAUAACAAGAUGCUCUAAUUUGGUUUUUAUUCCUGAAGAAUUGAAACAGUUACAGUCUCUUGUUGAGUUGGUUUUUGGAAAUUGUCCAAAAUUGAAAUUUAUUCCAAGUUUGGAAGGACUUGUCUUUCUGAAAAAAGUAUCUAUUAUCCAUUGUGAUGAAUUAGAGCGUCUAUUGGGUGGGCUUUCAUAUUGCACUGCUCUGGAGAAAUUGUGGAUAACAAGAUGCUCUAAUUUGGUUUCUAUUGCUGAAGAAUUAAAACAAUUGAAGUCGCUUGUUGAGUUGGUUUUUAGAAAUUGUCCAAAAUUGAAGUUUAUUCCAAAUCUAGAAGGACUUGUCUCUCUUAAAACAGUAAAUAUUGCCAAUUGUGAUGAAUUAGAGCAUCUACCGGGUGGACUCUCAUCUUGCACUGCUCUUGAGAAAUUGUGGAUAACAAGAUGCUCUAAUUUGGUUUCUAUUCCUGAAGAAUUGAAACAGUUGCAGUCUCUUGUCAAGUUGGAUAUUUGGGAAUGUCGAAAAUUGAGGAGCUUCCCAGAGGAGAUCUUGGGCUCUCUUUCCAGCUUGAAGACAUUAGGGCUUGGCCUUUUCUCAGAAGAGCUGGAGGAAUUCCCAGAUUUGAGUUCCACUUCCUCCCUUGAAGUCUUGCGUUUGGAAGGAUGGGGGGAAUCGGUAACUCUGCCACGUCAAAUUCAUCGCCUCACUGCUCUCAGGAACUUAACCAUCACAAGCAUCAAUGGAGUGGAAGAAGCUUUAUUGGAAAACCUUUCUUGUCUUAAAACACUUGAAAUUCAAAAUUGUUGUCGGUUAGGGUGUCUAUCUGGUGGGCUGUCAUCUGUUGAGGAGCUGGUGAUAGCAAAUUGCCCUAAUCUGGUCUCUUUCCAAGGAGAGUUCAAGGAAUUGCGUUCUCUACGAAUUUCAAGUUAUCCAAAAUUGGGGUGCUUCCUAGAGGAGAGUCUCGCCUGCUGCACUAGGUUGAAGAGAUUAUGGAUCGACCGUUUCUCAGAUGAGCUGGAAGAAUUUCCAAGUCUGAGUUCUAUCCCUGCCUCCCUUGAAGAUUUGACAUUGACGGGAUGGGAAAAACUAACUCACCUCCCAGAAAUUCAACACCUCACUGCUCUAAAGAAGUUGAGUAUAAGGGACUUCGGUGGAAUGGAAUCUUUGCCAGACUGGUUUAACAACUUGUCCUCCCUUCGACUACUUUCUAUUUGGGACUGCACAAACAAGUUAAAGGAAAGAUGCACCAAGGGAAGCGGUCCUGACUGGCACAAGAUUUCUCACGUUCCAUACAUCCGAAUAGAUCGCAAGGUCGUCCAAUUCCAAUCCAAACACUGAGCCAAAGAGAUGUGGUUAAUUACGAGUGAAUAAACAAUGAGUUGAUGGAAUGAUGAUUUCUAGAAUUCUGAAUUGAAAUCCUACAAGCUUCAAUGUUGAGGAGGAGAGGAAGGAUAGCAGUAGUGUUUGCUAAGCCAAAGACAAUUCUGCUUUGCAGGCACCAACCAAACAAUUUUGCAUCUUGUAUUCAAGCUUCUAAAGAACCUGAGGUUUCAGUCUUGAAAAAAAGAAUCUGAGAUUUGAUAUCUGCUUGUUUGUUUUCCAUAAUCACUACUGAUUUUCCGUCAAAAGCAUCCAUAUGGAGUCUUUAUAACUUGUUCUGCAGAUAAACGGGUGGAUGGCAACUAUCAGAGUGCUGCUAAAAUUGCAGACAGAAGCAUCUUCGUUUGAUGUUAUGCUACCUGCUCACACAAGCCACAACAAAUACAAGGGAUUACAAGGACGCACAUCACUUUUUGCCAUGUCCUUUUGCAGUUGUAGUCAUGAACACCUGUCCCCUAUGGUCAUGUCCACAACAGAUAGAAAUACUUGUGUUUUGGAUAUUGAUUCAUAGAUAGCAUGAAAUUAAAGUGUUGAUUUUCAUGUUGCUAAUUUUCAUGCUUUCUGAUACACCAAGAGGAUUUCGAUUUGAAUUAGUUCUUGUUGCGGCAAUGGUAUUAUAAUUCACCUUUGGCAACACGGGACAGGUGAUACUCAGAUUUAGAUUGACCUCCUUGUAAACACCAUUGAAGCUGCUUUCUAUGCUUCUUUAUGCAUUAAGAAAUUUUGCAUUACAUAUGAAUGAGGAAUAAAAUACUUUAAAUAACCAAAUAAGCAAAUUUUAUUCUAUCCAGCAAUCCUCCAUCAAACACACUGCUAAUGACUUAAACAACUUUCUUAAAACACCUCGAUAUGCCAAGUAAAAGAUAAUAGAAUUU